GGGAUGGAAAAGAAGUCGGGCAGGGGCAGGAUCGACGCUCUCGAGGCCAGAGCGAUAUCCAACAGGAUCCAAGCGCCUGUUCCAUCUACGUGACCAGAUACAGGUCAAUAACUGGGACAGGCUUGCGAGAUGCUUGUGCGUCUACUUUAAAUUUGAGCUCGUUCGCUAGCAGCAACCUAACUAUGGAUGCGCAAACUUUCUUCGACCUCCUCCCGUCAUCUUCACUUGCGUCGGACGGCUCGGGGCUUGGGUUCUGGGCUUACGGUCUGCGCCUUUCUGCAGUGCAACCAAUUUGCGCGUAAUAUUGAGACGGGGGCGAAAAGGGCCGCUGCCACGAUGGACUGGAUGCAAGUCACUCUUCUUACUACUCGUUCUUGAUGGCAGUCAGCCCCGAAAUCGCGGCGCGAUUCUGCACUGAGCAGUUAGCUCGAUCGCUCCCUGAUCGCUACUCUAAUCGCUCCGCUGAUCGACCGCUGCACCGGUUGAUGCACCGACCACUGUCAUCGUUGCAUCUCUUCAACAUGGCUGAUUCUAAUCCCGAAUCCGUGCUAUCUAGAUCGAUCAAAACGGGCUGCUUUGCCGCGAGCAAUGCCAUCGCGAAGACUUCCCUUGCCUUGAACCGAUUUGUCCGCGACGUGCGAGAAUCGCGCUCCGACCUCGAUGCCAUAUCCGGCGAGCUACACUCACUCGAGGGUGUCCUCGACCUGCUGAAAGACGACGCAGACUCGUUCCCGGCCCAGCUGGCCAACAAGACCCCCAGAGUGCUGGAAAAGUGCUUGACCAUCGUCAACGAGCUGGAUGGCUGCAUAUCGGUCCUCGGUCGCGAGGGCGUUUCUAAAGCGGACAAGAAGUCGAGGUGGAUGGCUAGCCGAGACCACAUCGAGAAGCUCAGAUGGACACUUGAAGGUUACAAGUCCACACUUGGGCUUGCCGUUGACCUGGUUGCUUUAACUUCCUCUUCCACCGAGCCCAACAGUGUCGACUCGACCCUCGCAAGAGACCCGAACAAGGCCGAACACCCUGUCGAUUUGGACGAAAAGAGCGAGUUGGCAAAAGUGGCGGCCCGGAUCAGUGACGUUACGGCUAGGCUACGGAAUGAAUCCCAGCAGAACGGGGCCGUGGCUAGCAUCCAGCAGUUCCUUGAUGCAUUAUAUACCCAUGCCGUGUCUGCGGUCGAUACGGAGCUUGAACAGCUUGAGAACCGCCGUCCUGACGCCGCGUCAUCCGUCGGAGAGGCUCCCGACAGUGCUAUCGAGAUGAGCGGGGACGAGACAAGCUUUCCAGCGAUAAAACACGGAAGAUCAUUGAGCGCACCUCAUGGUGGUGGCAGUAUUCCCGUCGACGAGAUUGACGAACUUCUCGAUGAGCUCAGAGAGAUGCCCCGUAGGGCCCCUACUCCGCCGCCAAGGUCUCUGGCAAGGAUGGGUGUUCCCUCUGUUCGCAGCUCUCCUGACAUACGCCCCACAAUGUCUGAAAGCUGCCGCGGGCCCGUCCCUGGUACAGGCCAGUUGUCUGGUCACUCCCGCAGUUGGAGUUUCUCACCCCAAGGCUCGCAAUAUCCGGCUUCCGAGUCCUUCCUUACCGCUGUGACUGAGGUUGCUCCUCCCCUGAACCCUGAGCCUGUUGCUGGCGGUACCAGCAGGCCCAGCAGCCGAAUGGGUCGAGCCUUGAGCCAGGUGCGGCGAUCAAUUUGGGAAAACCCUGGCGAUGAUGGUCUUGCCUCGCCUCGUCCGUCUACUUCGGGCUCGAACAUGCCAACUUCCGGUCCGGUCAGACAUGGUCUGGUUCGGCGGAGCAGUUCACGCCUCUCAACCACUUUCAGAAGCUUCAGCCACAAGGUACUGCCUUUCUCAAAGGCCGACGAUCAAAUCACCACACCGGCCGAGAUCCUAGAACCAGAUGCCAUAUUUGGGGUGUCACUUGCAAAGAGCAUGUACGUCGCAAAGGGGCUCGCAGGCACUCACCACGAUGGCGGCAGGUCUUCGACUCGCGAGUACCCGCUGUGUGUUCUCCGAUGCAUAUACUUCAUCCGAGACCAGGGAGUAAGUACGCCACACGUCUUCGGCCAGGACGCCGACCCGCAAUGCCUCGACGAAUUAAAGGAAGUAUUUGCCUCGGCCUCGACAAAUUUCGGCAAGGACCUCGAUUGGCGGCGCUAUACCGUCUUCGAGGCCGCCGACCUUAUUCUACUGUUCCUGUCGGAGCUCCCGCAACCGCUUGUGCCCGAGUCAGUUGGCAAGCGGUGGAUCACACUCUCCAGGCAAGCUACCAUUAGCGGGUCGCUGGCCAUGCGCCUCGACCAAGGCAUCGAUUUUUGGGAAGAAGCUUUGUUAGGCCUUCGCGGGCCUGCCCGAUCACUCUUCAAGCUACUACUUGACCUGUGGGGUGACAUUGCGGACGCUGCUGAGAGCAAUGAGAUGACGGCUGAACGCCUUGCCGGCCGUGUAGUGCGCUCCGUCAUGCAUGGCCCCGCCGGCCGCUACGAUACCGAUCUCCUUCUUGGUCUGGCCUUCAUGAUUCGGAAGCGUUCCGAGUAUAGCCUCUCAUUGCGAGGCGACGGGCGGAAAAGCAAUGCCGCAUUUUGAUGGACUUGACGCAAUGGACUAGUUAUGCAAACCGCUUCGCUGCGCUAUUUGUCGUUCCAGGAUUGCAUAUAUCACGCUCGGGCAACAAAACAAGUGUUUGUUUCUUUACUUUUUUUUUAAAAUUUUUUAAAAAAAUCCUCAGCAACCUGUUGCAAUUAGGGCUUGGGGCUGAUUGCCCGCCACGCGGCCGUAAGCUGGAUAUCGGCGUCCGUUAUAAUGAUACCCGGAGUAAAGACGGAUUUAAUGUAUUCAACACGUCACGAAUAUCACAUAUUUAUCAAGGAACCUGCGUACUUUCAGCACAAGGCGACGUGAAACGGUGCUAGAUAGUAGUAUUUUUUGCUACUAGAUGCCCUUGACAAAGG